GCUGCCGCGCCGCCAGCAGACCUCCUCCGUUCGCGCUUCUUCCUCUUUUAGUUUUUUUUUUUUUUUUUCUCUUUCUCGAUCCUUCCUUUUUGGCACUCCCAUUUGAUUUUUAGAAACAAAUUCACGUUCACCAUACCGUACUUGUAUAUAUAUUACUGCACUGUUUAUUUUAUUGCGCAAAAAAAAGAAAAUACCCAUUGGUUUGGUUUUGUGUGAUUAGGCAAAAUUUGGCAAACUGCGCGUGGAUACAGGAUAUACUCGUGUGUAGGCGAGCACCAGCCCAAGAAGAAUCGGAAUCUAAAUAAAAGGCACAGUUGCAUACAUAUGAGAAUCGGCAAGGAAUAGAUGAUGAUGUGAAGGCUAAUUGGUAUCGAAAACCAGGUGCAUCGCACAACAGCAGCGCGGUGAGAAUAACAUGCUGGAGAGCAGCCGGUUGGGAGCAGCGCAUCACGAGCCGUCGACAAGGACCAUCGAUAGCUUCGGCGCAGCCCCUGCCGCUGGUGCCGUUGUGACACCAAAGACGGCGAUGACGACGGCCUCGCUCGCGCUGCUGUCGCGGCGGCUGGCUAGGCCGAGCACGUGAUUAAUUAAAGGUGCACACAGGCGCGGCUCUCGCGAGCGAGCAACAAACCCGACUUGCCUUCGGCCACUUUUCGACGAGCCAGGAGUUUCGCGAAUAAGCCGCAUCGACGAAUGAUCAUCCGGCAUCAUGGGGAGGACGGAGCAGUGGGUCCUCGGAAUCGUCGCGGCCACGAGUCUGCUGUGCAUCGCCAGCUGCCUCCGGUCCAACGAGAGGGACCUCGGCCUUACCUCGAACGAGGAGGAGGAGGAGGAGCAGGAGCUAACCACGAGUCCCUCGACGAUCCUACAUUCGUCGGCGUCGUCCCCGAGCACGGCCCUACAGUCGAUCACGGCUUCUCCCACGGCCACGGCAGGCGCAGCUCCCGCGACGCCGGUGUGGCGCGACCUGCCCGACCGGUGCUUCGUCAAGACCGAGCACGGGCCAUGCAAAAACUACGUGCACAAGUGGUCCUUCAACAAGACCGAGGCCAAAUGCCACACCUUCGUCUACGGCGGCUGCCUCGGCAACGACAACCGCUUCAACACCGAGGAGGAGUGCCUGCACCACUGCGUCGGCGGACCUGAUCAUACUCUGCCGCCGUACAUGGUGACCAAGGGUAGCGUGUUCGUGACGACGAGCGCCACGGUGACGAGCACCACGUUGUCGACGACGACGUCGACGACUCCCGUUCCCACUUUCACGCCGACGAAGCCGACGAGGCCGCCGGUGCCCAAGCACAAGAGAGAAAAGGAGUUGACUUUCAUGGAGUCCGGCUACGAAAAGACUUUCAUGUUCGCGCAGAGCAACACCUUCAUCCAGCUGGACGGGCCCGGCAUCAAGACUUUUCAAUUGAGGCUGUGUCGCGAGAUCUCAUUUAAAUUCCGGACGAAGCUGCCGCACGGGCUGCUGGUGUAUCACAGCGUGAAGGACCGGCCGGAGCGGCUGGAGCCGUACGCGCUGUACGUGAUAGUGGAAAAGGGUCAGCUAAAGGUGGUCCACGUGUUUGGGAAAAACUCGACGAGCCUGACCGUCGGCGAGGGUCUCAACCGGGACGAGUGGCACAGCGUCCUCGUGAGGAUCGACGUGCACGGGGCUAAGCUGAUCGCGAGGGUCGACGACAAGCAGGCCGAGACCUCCGUCGAGGUGCUCGAGCACAUCGUCAACUACGGCGUCUCCGAGGAGCUAGCCUCUGUCGUUCUGAUCGGAGGCUUGAGCUCGGAGGAGAGACUGCACGGCGUCAAAUACAUCAUCGAGUCGUUCGUGGGCUGUAUACGCGACAUGGUGCUGAGCUCGGGAAAAUCGGCGAGCGAUCUGCUGCCCAUUAGGCCGCUCAUCGCCACCAAGCACGAGAACGUCAAGGAGGGCUGCAUCGACAAGUGCAAAACGAGGGAGAACCUGUGCUUCCUGGGCAGCCAGUGCGUUAACCAUUACAACAGUCUGACUUGCGACUGCUUCGGCACAAAGUACGAGGGAGAAAGGUGCGACGUUUACACUGCCACCAUAUUGACGCUUCGUGGCUCCUCGUACGUCUCCUUUCGCGUGUACGACUGGAAGGAUCGCGUCCACUCGUCGGUCAACAGAAUCAGCCUCGCGUUCAAGACGAAAUGGGACGACUCGGCGCUGUUCUACGCCUCGGGGGAGAUAGACGGGACGGCGCACUACGUCGCCGCGUCCAUACUGAACGGCACGGUCGUCGUCGAGCUCGACUUUGGCCACAACUCCAAGAUCCAAACGGCCCUGGGGCACCACGUGAGCAUGAACUACUGGAACAACCUGACGAUAUUCCACAAGGUGUCGCUCGUGUACAUAAGCCUCAACGACGAGGUAAAGAUGCUCGAGGUGCCCGGGGACAACUACAACAUGAUCAUAGACCCGGAGAUAUACAUCGGGGGUGGGCCCGAGCUGCACAAAAAGGAGGGCCUCGUGUCGAGCAACAACUUUGCCGGCUCGCUCAAGUACGUCUUUUUCAACGACAAGUCCAUCAUCUACGAGCUCAAGCGUUCCAACCCGAUGGUCCACUACAUCGGCGUCCUCGAGCCGGAAUACUACGAGGACGAUGUCGAGGUCGUGCCCAUAACUUAUCCAUUCGCGGGCAGUCACAUAUGGUGGCCCAUAUACAACACCGACUAUCUGAAGCUCAACUUUGACUUCAAGAGCUCGAAGCCGAUAGCCGUGGUGGCCUCGGGCGACGUCAAGAGCGAGAACGGCCCUGGGUACUGGGAGCUGCGCGUCGUCAACGACGAGAUCCGCUUCCACUUGGUUCCCGUGUUGGGGGAAAACGUCACCGUCACGGUGCCCGUCAAGUUCCCCGCCAACACGUCCUGGCACGCAGUCGAGCUCAACUACACCAAAGAGGAGCUCAGCAUACUCGUCGACUAUCGGAACAAGCAGAGCAAGCUCUUCCAGAUGAAUCUCGAGCUGGGCGACCGGGUCAUCAUCGGCAGUGGCAAAGGGAACGCCGGCUUGGUCGGAUGCAUGAGGGAAAUAAUGGUCAAUGACCAGAGGAUCGAGCCCAGGUUCAUCAUAAACACGGAAAAAGUUGUGGGGGAAGUGGCGCUCGACAAUUGUCAAUUUGUCGAUCCUUGCAAGAGGCCGAAUACCUGCGAGCACGGGGGCAAGUGCUCGGUCAAGGAGGACAGGAUCACCUGCGAUUGCACGGAUACCGGAUACAUAGGGAAAAAUUGUCACUUUGCUCAGUACAGAAAAACGUGCGAGGAGUUGGCUCUGCUGGGCUACACCAAGGACGACGUGUAUAGGAUCGACAUUGAUGGAAAUGGGAGAUUCCCACCGGCCUUGGUCAAGUGUGAAUUCCAGUCGAUCGAGGACUCGACCAAGACCAUAGUCGAGCACAACCUACCGUCCCAAGUGGACGUGCGCUCGAUCGCCGAGUCGGACUUUUCCUUCAACAUCACCUACAUACAGUUCACGGCGGAAAUGCUGCAGGAGCUGAUAUCUCACUCGCUCUACUGCAGCCAGUACGUCAAGUACGACUGCUACAAGGCUCCGCUGGAGCUCCACAGCGCAACCUGGUUUUUGAGCUCGAAGGGCACUACCGUCGACUACAUAGGCAACGUCAAUCGCGGCUCAUGUCCCUGUGGAGUCAAUAGAACUUGCGUCCACUCAAACUUGAGCUGCAACUGCGACGUGUCGGCCGGCAAGUGGCUCUCCGACGAGGGUUACUACGAGACCCCCGAGUCCCUGGGCAUCACAGGUAUGGUUUUUCUCCAGCAGAGGGAUCUCGAGGAGGACGCGCUGGGCCGCUUGACGCUCGGGCCCCUCGAAUGCGUUGAAACGAACACGCAAAAAUACGUGGUAACUUUCACGACCUCGCAGUCGUACAUCGAAGUGCCGGGCUGGAGGAAGGGUGACAUCGCCUUCAGUUUCCGGACUACGGGCGAAAGGGCCAUUCUCCUUUACCAGCCGCCCAUCCGCAACAACUAUCCGUCCUUCAUGGUGGCACUAGCUUCCGAUUACAAGCUGACCUUCAAUUUUACCCUGAACACGGGAACAAUACGCGAGCUCGAGGUCAAGAGCCGCAGAAAACUCAACAACGGAGAGUGGCAGAAGAUAUGGAUCGACUACAACGAUUACCACGUGAGGUUCAUGAUAAACACGGACUUUCAGAUGGUCGACCUGCUGCCCGAACAGGAAUUCGGUCCUUUCGAGGGCUCGAUGUUCAUUGGCGGCGCUACCGCGGAGCACUUGAAGACGUCGUCGGUGAAACAAGGACUGAUCGGUUGUUUCCGAGGUCUGGUGGUCAACGGGGAGAUCCUCGACAUCCACAGCUACAUGUCGGUACACCUGUCGGAAAUCAUAAAGGACUGCAAGCCAUCGUGCCAGCCGAACAAGUGCCAGAACAAUGCCCGAUGCGUCGAGCUCUGGAGCAACUUUACGUGCGUGUGUGAAAAUCGCUGGGCCCACUUGGGCACCUACUGCGAGACGAACAUCAACAACAAAGCUCUGACGUUCACGUCACCCGGGGCCUUUUUGAAAAAGAACUACUUCAGCUCGAGCGAGGAGGAGGAGGAAAAGGUCCUCUUGAAGAGCAUGCUCGUCAAGAACAUACUGAUCAAUCUGCGGACGUACGACACGAACUCGCUGAUACUCUACGCCAACGAUCACUUGAACAACUUUGCCCACCUGUACCUGUCCAACGGCACGAAGAUCGUGUACCUGUUCAACGCCGGCAACGAGAUAAAGAACAUAAGCAUCGACUACCCGGCCGCCAAUACGGGCAUAUCCGUCCAAAUCGCGAUUAUCCGUACCGAGAAGACGACAACGUUGCACGUCAACGAUCACAACAUAACCCUCGACGCGGUGCCCCUCCUCCUCGAGGCGUACUCCAACAAGCCCUGGAUCAAUCCCGAAAAGGAGAUCCUGGCGCCUCAGAGGCCCCCGGCCCCGCCAACCGACUACUUCCAGGUGAACCUUGGAGGCUUCGAUCCGGACAAUUUGCUUCGCGUGGGGACGGUCGGACACCUGAUCCAGGGCUACGUGGGCUGCCUGCGGGGCCUCAUGAUCGGCCAGUACCUCGUCGAUCUGCCCAACUUGGCCAGCCAGGCCAAUCACGAGGGCAGCAGGGGCGUUCUGCCAAAUUGCCACAUGAAGUGCGACGCCGUGCCGUGCAAGAACCAGGGCAUCUGCACCGAGGAUUUUGGCAAACAGGAGGCCUACUGCAACUGCGAGCUAACCUCGUACUUUGGGGAGCACUGCGCCGACGAAAAGGGAGCCGACUUCAGCGGCGAGAGCGCCCUGCAGAGGGACUUUGACCUUGACGGCGAGGUCAACCAGAUAAAGGUACAGCUGGCGUUCUCGACGAUCGACCGGCAACGAACCUCCGCUCUACUGCUCGUGCAAACGGAAAACAAGAGGAGCUACUACCUCCUCGUGGCACUGACGUCCGAGGGCCAGCUGAUCUUUGAGGAGGACCGGGAGGGCUCGGCUUUCGGUGUCCGGCUCAACGACAGAACUUUCUCAAACGGUGCUCGGCACAGCAUCUACUACGUCCGGGACAACAACACGGCGACUCUACUGAUCGACCGGGAACCGAUACAGCUCAAACCCCUACCCGCACUUAACGCCGGUGACGAUCCGCCCGAGGAUGGGGAGGGCGGCGAGGACGACGACGGUCCCGGCACCACGGAAAUUCAACUCGGCGGACUAAACACGACUGACAAGAGGUUUCGCGCCUACAAGGGCUACACCGGCUGCCUGAGCAACGUAGUUGUGUCGAUAAACGGCCGAGUGGGCAUGAAGCCUCUCGAGGAGUACAUGCUAUUCACGAAGAAGGGAAGCGAGACGGUGCGAGUGAUGGCCCCGGCCGGCGUACGCAGCGCCCAGUGCGCGGUCUUUCACACGCAACCCCGGGGCCUCGAGCCACCCAAGAACGACAGCGUCAGCCGCGAGCGCUCCUGGGGCGAGGACCCGCCGAAGCGCGUGCUCUACAAGUCCUUCUACUCGGACGAGACGGAGGAGGAGCAGGGGGCGGGCACGUACAUCUUCAUAGCCCUGGUGUGCGUGUUCGCGGUGGCGGUGAUCGGCUGCGGCUACGAAAUGGUUCGCAGCGCGCGACAAUCGAGCAGGAGGCGCAAGCAGCAGCAGCAACGCUCGCGCUCGGGCUCGGCGGGCUCGGGCUCCCAGCGUUGGCCGGGCUACGGGCUGGAGGUGGGGGGGCCUCCCGGUAGCAAGAGCGUCGGCUUCAAGAACCUUGACGGCCCAGCGGACGACAAGCGACCCAACGGCACUCACGCGAUAAAAACUGCGGCCCCGAAUGCCAAGGACUACAAGCCCCUGCCCGGAGCUGAGCCCACUGCCACUAACAACACCAACGACAAGAGAAGUCUCGCUAAAGACGAAGAAGCCGAGAAGAAGGAACUCCUCGGGGUAAAUACAGGACUCGUGACUAAACCUACCGUGAAACUCAAUCCAUUUUCGAUGGAAGAUCUGAGGGAAGAGCCGGAGCUCGAAGAGGAGGAGCAACUGGAACAGCACAAGGACGAUGAGGACGAGAACGGAGAAACGGACGAGCAGGAGACCAAAACGGGGAGUGCGAAUGGACAUCAGCAGCAGCAACCGGUAAGAAGCAGCAAAGACAAAGGUGGAGCGUCGGUGCCUCUGCUUGGCACGAAACCAAAAAACGGGGGGAGCAGGCUACCGGGGCGCAGGGCUCUUCUGCAGACAAAUUUUUCGGUGACGGGCCUCAACGAGAUCCGGACCGAACAGCUCCAGUGCGAGGACGAGGACCGGAUCGUCCUGCAGUGCGAUAUCGCGGCCAGUGGUGCUGGCGUCCCGGAUGACUACCGCGACGGCAACUUGCCUCCCAGCAGGCCCGUGAGCCUCCACCUUAACAGCACUUUUACGACCUUUAAGCCGCAGUCGCGACCCCGCCCUGGCAGCAUGAUAGUCGAGAAAGUCACCGCCAAGAUGCUCGACUCGCCGAGCGCCGAUUGAGCUUUUAUUCCAUCCCCAUCGUAUCAUUACGUACAAGCCCCGUUUCAACCUUUGCUCGUCGAGUUUGAUCCCCUCCUCGCCUCCUGCGUUGUCAUCAGAACCCCUCGACUUUUGUCUUUAUUAAGAUUCGUUAUUCGUUUUUAUUGUUCGGCCAUUGUGCUCAAGGUGACAAUUUAUACCCACAUACUCGUAUACGUUGAUGAUCUUCCAAUCAUUUUUAACACACAUCGACGCCCCGAAAACAAUAAUCAUAAUAAUAAUAAUCACACUC